ACUCGGGACACCAAACGGAGUAGACGCUGCUCCAGAUCUUGGGCUAGAGGAGGAGUGUUAGCAACAGCACACGCCUGCUGCGAUUGCUAGCUCUAAUAGUGCGUGCAGUCACAUUCUAACCUUGCACCCGUGCUGAUCCCGAUACCACGCGAGAACACCCGGUGCACACCUUUUUUGUUCUAAACGAUAUCUGUAACCUGUUGUGCAGCGACGUUUGUGUUUUUUUGUAUUACGUGUUUUUUUAAUGUGUUAGUAAGUGUUUCUCGACCAGUUCGCAAUUGGUAUAAACCGAGGAGCUUACACAGAUCAACAUGGGUAAAAUCGAAUGGGCCCCAUUAAAUGUGCCCAUGCGGCGACGACUCGAGACUCUAUCCACUGCCCUGUGGAUGUGGUUAAUAUUAUUCGGUGAAUUGGGAAUGCUCAUAUCGUACUUCGUCCUUCUGAUUUGGGGUAACCUAUUUAUUAAAACUCUAUGUGUCAUCUACGGAUAUUUCAUCUAUACGGAUCGAAAGAUCACAGUGAACGGUGGCCGAGGACAGGGAGUAAAAUGGUGGCGAGAUCUGUUCUGGUGGAAGCUCUACCAGAGCUACUUCCCGGCGAAGCUGCACAAGACGGUCGAUCUUGAUCCUAACCGGAACUAUUUAUUUGCCGCCUUUCCGCACGGCGUUCUAGGGUUGGGGGCUUUCAUCAAUUUCGCAACCAAUGCAACCGGCUUCCAUGAAAAGUUUCCCAAAAUUCGUUCCCGUCCAGUGACGUUGAACUUCCACUUCGUAAUACCCUUCUUCCGGGAGAUAUUGCUAAGUUGGGGCCUGGUGUCCGCAAACCCGAACAGCAUUCUGAGCCUGCUGAAGGCAUCGAACAAACCGGACCACCCGUUAAAUGAUGAUGGCUUUACCUCAAACGCAGUGACAAUUGUUGUGGGUGGUGCCGCCGAAUCCUUGCACUGCCGUCCGAACAACUACACGCUAGUCUUGCGCAAGCGGAAGGGAUUCUGUAAGCUCGCGAUUAAGGCCGGUACGCCGAUCGUGCCAGUCAUGACGUUCGGCGAGGUAGAUCUGUUCGACCAGCCACCGAACCCACCCGGUUCGAAGCUGCGCCGGUUCCAAGAGUUCGUCAAAAAUACGACCGGUAUCGCACCGGCCGCGUUCGUGGGACGUGGGUUCUUCCAGUACAGUUACGGGUUGAUUCCUCGUCGGAAGCCCCUGAAUACAGUCGUCGGUGCUCCUGUGGAGGUGUCGCAGAUAGACGACCCUACGAACGAGCAGGUAAACGAGGUGCACGAACGAUUCUGCCGCGAGUUGGAGAAUUUGUUCGAAACUAACAAAUCACGCUUCAUUGCUGAUCACAAGAACGUCAAGCUUGUGCUGGAGUAAAACUAAAAAGCAGACAAAAACAAGGUUUCCAUUGGAUCUUACACAACGUAAUGUGUAUGCCAGCUACUGUAUGGGAUACUGCGAGAGACAGAAACACACUAUCACGAUCCUGCGCUGCAACAUCUUACGUAGGGCGCUCGUGAAUAUUGUUCUUUAAUGGCCAACACAUAGGACGAUCCCACCAGCGAGCUGAGCUCGUUUGCCAUUCGGAAAGCAAGGAUUGAGACUGCAAGACAAAACCGUAACUCUUCGAUACCUAAGAACCAAUCUGGCACACAGUUUGUGGUGAUAUUGCUGUCCAGGUUUGGGAGUCAAUUACUAGCGCAUAAGGAAACACUAGGCGAACUGGGUGUGUUAGCAUUUAAAUCCUUUAGGCUUAAUUGUAUCCUUUAUUGGGGUGUUUUUUUUUUGUUAUUUGUUUCCGUUUUGGGAUGUAUUUUUGGGUGAAAAAAGGGGUUUUCUUCGUUUUUUUUUCUAAGCAUGAAUAGGAUAGCAUACUAAACGAACUGGUGACAAAUGUAUCCACUUUAGUCUGUUUUCCCCCAUUAUUGCCAAAUUAGUAGUUGUAUGUGACGGUAAAGAAGGAAUGAUUGUGAAAAUAAAUUUGAAUGUGAAUCAUAA